GGAAAACUACUUUGAAACCGUGCUUUUCCUAAGACAGUGGAGGGAAAACCUCUCAAAGGUUUUGGGCAACUUUGCAUCGAUCUCGCCCAUCUAGAGCCCUCACCUGGGGCUGAGAUAAAUCCUCUAGGUCGAUACUGUCGAAAGGAAAGGUUAUAAGGGGUGGGUUGGGCAAUACAACCAGUUUACAUCACCAUUACUGAUAUUCCACUCUAACUAAAAUCUCGAGAGAAUGAUCCCCGAUUCACGAGUGAUACCAGUAGAAGUUAAAGCCUUGGUUUUCGACUGUGAUGGGACCCUUGUUGAUACUAUGCCAAUCCACUGGAAAGCCUGGUGUAAAAUCUGCAAAGAAACCGGACUUGUAUUCCACAAAACCGACUUCUACACACUCGCAGGCGUUCCGGGCAAGAAGAUAAUCAACGUGCUGGCGAAGCAGCAAGGAAUCAAACUCGAUCCCUAUGCAAUUUACGACAGGAAAAGAAAAUACUUCCUAGAAGGAUUAACAUCUGUCUCAGCGAUCCAGUGUGUCGUUCGUAUAGCUGAGGAGGCUCAUAGACUGGGUAUUCCGAUUGCUGUGGCUUCAGGCAGUUCGCGAUCUCAAGUACAGAAAGCCCUUAGACUGGCAGGGAUUGAGGACUUGUUUGAUGUAGUGCUGGGCAAUGAAGAUUAUAAAGAACAUAAGCCAAAACCAGAUGCGUUCAUUACAGCAGCAAGCCGACUUGGAGUCAACCCUGGGGACUGUUGGGGUUUUGAAGACACGGAUAUUGGCCUUGAGGCAAUCAGACAAGCAGGUUUUUACAGAGUCACAGAUGUGCGGCAAAUGGAGGGAUACCCUAUGAGAACAGAUGAGAAUGGACUAGAGAUAACCAACCACAAAACAGAAUUCCAUAGUUUAAGAUAUAGAGCCUUUACCAUGUAGAAAUAACUAUGGUCUUCCCUCUAUAACAAUAUAUAUACUUGUUGUAGUCAGUUACAACCCUAAUGUACACAUGAUGGCAAAAGGAUGGUUAUUUUUUUAUACACAAGUCUGAGUCUUUUAUUUUUUUUUAAAUUAGAAGAAAACAACUUUGUGAGUAAGUUAGUGGAAAACUGGAUUUGACUGUCAAUGGAGCUUUGGAUUAUAUCCUAGUUUAAUUUAAUAUGCAUCAUUUUGUUUGUGUAGGAGCAGUUUCCAGGGAAGUGGUUCACCUUUACAAAAAUGUAUGAAAAAAAUAUUUAAUUUAUUGGACUUAUUUUUCAAUUUUAAAAAUGCCAGUAGAUUUUUUUUUUGAGAGUCUUUGGCUGUAAUAAAAGAUUUUUCUCUUGAGAAUUUAAGGCCUGUUUUGGACAUUUUAUAUUCUAGAAAUGAUGAAAGUCGCCACAUUAGGGUUGUACUGGAAACUAUUUUAGUCAAGUGAUUUUGUAUCCAUUCAUUGUACAGUUUUCUACAAAGGGAUCAGGGAAAACCCACAGUUGCUUGUUAUUUCUGACCAUUCUAAAGGAAAAGAAAUCCAUAUUUGCUCAGAACACAGCCUAUGUUUGAGAUUCAAAUUGAUGGUCGUAACACCAUGUACUCAGGCACUCAGCUUUUUUCCACCAUGCAUCCUGCUUACACUGCUUUGCUUAUUUAAUUUCUUCACACAGCAGUGUAGUUUGGUGAAUGCUUUUUACAGAUUUAUAGGCUAUGAAUGAUUAUAACUUAUAACUUGUAUCUAGAAAAUAAUAUCUAAUACUAUUAGAUUACUACUGUAACAAUAUGAAUAUUAACCAAUCUGGAUAGGCCAUGUUGGAAUGGCUGAAAGGAAAAAAGUUAAUUUGUUGUAAAAAAAAAAAAUUUUCAAUAAUAUUGCCCAAAUUUUAUUGGGAAUUAUAAAACUUGAGCAGUGAUUUUCAUACAGGAAGAUCUGAAGCAAGUUAAGGAAAGUGUCAAGGGAAAAAAUAAUACAGAGAACAAGAGAGGACAAAUCUUGGUUUUGCUGAUGUACUCUGAAUAGUUUGAUAAAAACUCUUAAUAAUAAAGAAAGCAAUAAAGUCCACUUCAAAAAGACAAACGUAACAAAGGGCAUUAAAUUAAAAUGGAAAGAUACUGUAUAUUUACAAGGUAGCUCACUCAGGGUCUGAUGUAUUAUAGGCAACAGGGUGCGUGGAUUUAUUAUAUUUAACAACAUAAAGGAUGAAAAAGAUGCAUCCUUACUUGGCAAACUGGGUCUUAAUACUUUUCUUGAUCACAAACAGUGGUCCUUGACAUCAUGUGAAUCAUUAGCUACAGAAAGAUAUAUAUCAGGAAGUGCCGCGUUGUAAGACUUAAAAGAUAAAAACAUAAAGGAAAUACAAUAAAUGGACAUUGACACAAAUA